AUGGUGAUCUCCUUACCAGGCCACUGUUCCAGUGACAGUACAUGCCAGUCAAAUCUACUAUGCGAUGGUACAGCUUUUAUGCUAAACGACAUGGCAUCAAGGGGUGUCAUCGACAGAGAAAAGCUAGACUCGUUCUACUUACCCAUGUAUGGCCCUUCUGAUAAGGAGCCAAGAGAAAUCAUCCAAGAUGAGGGCUCCUUCAUGAUCAACAAGAUACUGGCCCGUGAUGUCAUUAGUGACAUGGACAAAAAAAAAACUCCAUGA